GUACGUUGGCUCUGUUUGCGCUCGUUAAUCAGUUGAACUGAAUAACGUAUUAAUACGUUGGGGUCAUCGGGAGGGGUUAAUUGCAAUGUCCACGCCGGAUACAAUGGACACCAUCGAUGAAGCGGAGCAGGCGUGGCACGAGAUGCUGGAGUGCGAGACCGGAUCCCUGUUGGGCCGUGUCGCAGACCUCGAGAGGCAAUCCUUGGCGCAAAGAGACGAGAUAGUUUGUCUUCGCGCUACUCUUGCGGACGCGCUGAGGCGAAUCGCCCAGUUGGAAGGACGCGAGAAGAGAGAAGAUGACAGGAACGAGCGGAGAAACGAAAGAAUGGUGUCUUCGCCCUUACGAAAUGGACACGUGCCACUUAGAAGUAAUCAAAAUGCGGUUCCCCAAAAGGAUUUGCGGUUACGUCAAACCAGCAGCUCUUGCCUAAGGAAUUCCUCUUCGUCUGGUUCUUCUCAGGAUGUCAGGGAUACUAUAGCCAGUCCACGGAGGCCGGUUAGUUAUACACAUUCGUCACAGCUUCCUCAAAGAAGGUCAGUUCAUUAUCAGUCGACUGGUUCGUUACAUUCGGACAGUCCCAGUAGUAGUAGUGUUUCCCCGGUGCCAUCGCCAAGUCCUAGAGCCACACCACUGCCAGUAACCAGAUCACCGACAGCAAGAUCAAACGGCCCACCCCAAAGCAGCUUACGAAGGGCAAAACGUUGGUCGUCGACGGGGGACUUCACACAUUCUCCGCAAUGUCAAGGAAGCAACUCGCAGCUAGUCAGUAGCAGAUUGUCAGCGUCCACCAAGUCUCUCUUCAACCUCUUCAAGCCACCGGCGCUGAGCAACGUGAAACACGGCACCAGAGACAUGCAGUACAACGAGGAAGAAAAUACCGUCCGUAUGUACCUGAGGGGUCGACCCGUGGUCCUUUAUGUGCCAACACCUUUGAUGGAUACCUACGAUCUUCGCAAAGUCAGCACACCACCGCAAAGCAAACUAAAGCUCAACUGGGUUUACGGCUACCGUGGUAGAGACUGUCGAAGUAAUCUGCAUCUAUUGCCAACUGGGGAAAUUGUUUAUUUUGUCGCGGCAGUGGUGGUGCUGUACAACAUGGAGGAACACAGCCAAAGGCAUUACUUGGGCCACACGGAUGAUAUCAAAUGCAUGGCGAUCCAUCCAAACAAGCUGGUAGUCGCUACUGGUCAAGUGUGCGGAACUGAUAGACGGGAUGCUAUGCCGCACAUAAGAAUAUGGACAUCGGUCAGUUUAACGACCCUCUGCGUAAUUGGCAACGGGGGUUUCGAUGGUUCGAUUUGUUGCCUCUCCUUUUCGAAGGCAGAUGGUGGAAAUUAUUUGUGCGCCAUCGAUGAAACAUCUGAUCACAACAUCUCGAUCUGGGACUGGCAGAAAGGAGAACGGGGGACCAAAGUAACCGAGACAAAGUGUUCUGUCGACACGGUGGUAUGUGCCGAGUGGCAUCCUCUUGAACGGAACCAAAUCGUGUCCUGUGGAAAAGGGCACGUGUCCUUCUGGUCCCUCGACAACGGCGGUAUGCUCUACAAACGAAUGGGCGUUUUCGAGAGCAGGGAAAAACCGAGAUACGUUACCUGCGUAGCUUUCAAUCAAAGCGGUGACGUUCUCACCGGCGACAGCAAUGGUAAUAUUAUCGUUUGGGGCAGAGGUACCAAUACAAUCUCCAAGUUAGUGAGGAACAUUCACGAAGGGUCUAUAUUCUCGAUUUGCGUUUUGAAAGAUGGUUUAAUUGUCACUGGCGGUGGCAAAGACGGUAAAAUACUGUACUUCGACGAAUCUUUGAAUUUGACUGGGCAGGAAGCACAAAUCGAGGACCACUUUGGAGGAAUCCGUACGCUUGCAGAAGGUAGAGGUACACAAUUAUUAAUUGGAACAACGCGGAAUUGCAUUUUAGUCGGCGAUGUAGGAAUGGGAUUCAAUCCAGCCAUGCUUGGUCACGCUGAGGAGGUUUGGGGCCUCGCUGCGCACCCAACUUUGCCGCAAUUUGCAACAGCUGGCCACGACAGACUUUUGCAGAUGUGGGACAGCCUAAGUCAUACCGUUGUUUGGAGUAAAGACAUUGGAGAACAAGCCCAAAGUCUUGGUUUUUCUCCAGAUGGUAAUGUGAUAGUAGUUGGAUGCACUUCCGGAAAAUGGUUAGCGAUCGACAGUGAGACCCGAGAAUUGUAUACCCAUCAUAGCGAUGGGACAGAACCGAUUCAGGUGGUGCGAUUUUCACCAGAUGGUACGUUGUUAGCACUUGGUUCCAGAGACAAUUACAUUUACAUUUAUCAAGUUAAUGGAGAUGCAACCAAAUAUAGUCGAGUCGGGCGAUGUAUGGGUCAUUCGAGUUUUGUAACUCAUAUAGACUGGUCAGUGGAUGGACAAUAUUUACGUAGUAACAGCGGAGACUACGAAAUACUAUAUUGGAAUCCUGGAGUCUGCCGUCAAAUCCCACAGUCGUCGAUGUUGAGGGAUGUAGAAUGGGCAACUCAUACAUGUAUUAUAUCUUUCGAAACGAUUGGAAUUUGGCCGGAAGGCGCGGAUGGCACAGAUAUAAAUAAUUGUUCUCGCAGCGGGGAUUCGAAGCUGCUGGCAACUGGAGAUGAUUUCGGCAAAGUUAAACUAUUUUCAUAUCCAGCUUGUCAAUCCAAGUCUCUCUGCCACACGUAUGGCGGCCACUCGAGUCACGUUACGAACGUGUCGUUCCUCCAAGAUGAUACACGACUAAUUUCUACCGGCGGAAGUGACACGAGCGUUCUUCAAUGGAUUGUGAAUUACUAACUCCAUACAAUCGAUGGCAUUCGCAUUGCGUUGAUUUACUUUCGAAGUGUCCUUCGUGGUCGAAUGCUCGUGGAAUGAGUAACAGAAACAGAAAGAAUGAAUUCUUUAAAGAACUGCGAGAUAUUUGGAACUUGGGGUGUAACACUAGUUGUUCAAUGAAAGGUGACUCACUGGAAGAUUGAGGAAUAAAUAAUUGUAGGAGAAGUGGGAAUUAUUGGAUGUUAUUUAAGAAAGUUUAGUAAAUGACGACGGAAGGAAUUAAGAAACAGCUAUUAUCACAAGACGUUUGUGGAAGGGUUACAAAAAUCAAUUUGCAGAGGGAUGUUAAUGCUACAGUAAAUAAUGUAUAAAAGUGGUCUUAAUGAACGGAAUUUUCAUUGUCUCCCUUUCAAAAGUGGCCUUUGUGAAUGACCGACAUGGUGAAACGGACAGAGUAAGGAAUAAAGUUUCCUCGUAAUUAUCGACGAUUAAUAAAUCGACAGAAAUUCUUCAGCGGAAAAGUGACAGGGUAAUCGAUGGAAAUAGUUUGAAAACCUGUUGAAUUUAUUUUUUAAGCCUGUUUCACGAACGAAUGACAAGAGGAAAGUGCAAACAAGUUAUUUUCCCUGCAGGAAUGUUACAACAAUUACGAAGCAUCCAAAGAAUGAGAAGUAGAGCAGCUUUUCUGCUUAAGAAAAAGUUUCCAAUUAAAUACUACAAAAGAGAACGCUGAGUACAA